AUGUCAAGAAGAAACGGCAUCAGCCCAACAGCCUCUGAAGCUCCAACACCAUCUCAAGAAUCACCUCAAAACUCCAACACCCCACAGAUCUCUACAGCUCCAAGCACUCGACCCUCAAGAACAGCCUCUCCAUCCAACGGGACCAGUUCAGCCAGCGUCCAAGGCACGCCAGAACGAUCAAACCAACCGGCAAGCUCACAACCAACUCGAGAACCUUCAGUCGAGCCUCAACAAGCCUCCGCAUCGCCAGCUCCUACAACUGCCAUCACCAGCCCUCCUUCACAAGAGCCCCAAAACUCAACGACCAUGUCUUCUUCCUCUUCCUCAACCCCCAGCAGCACUUCCACUGCUGGUUCCACCUCAGGAUCUGGAGGCUACACCCAGCUCCCUUACGCUCCGUUCCCAUACCCCAUGCCUGCCAACCCUCGCGGUUCGGGUUCCAACAGCGGCAAUGGCAAAUAG